AAAAGUCUAACUUGGUAUAAAAACUAAAAAGAAAAAAAUGAUAUACCAAUAACCAUGAAUUUUCCAAACCCAAAAACAAAAAUUAUCGAUUCAAAGUUGAAACAUUUUGUAUUUUCCUUGGUGGGGGAGAAAAUAAAAACAGAAGUGUGUUUGGAAGCUGAGAAGCAAUCACAAGUGAGUCAAGCGGUUAGGUGGUCAGUAAGUCACGAGAAGAGCAGAGAAGAAAAGCAGGAGGACCAAGAAGAAGACAAUACAUAUGGUCACAUGGACAAACAUUUUUGCUCUGAUAACACAAGAGUGGUCGCAUUUUUUUGAGUAAUCAGAAGCCAGCUUCAUUUUCUCUGAGAGAGUGAGAGAAUUUUGAAGGGUAUGCUGUGUAGCCGUAAAAUGUUUGAUUUCUUAAUAAGAAAAGAUGUCAGGAAGAUUCUUAAGCGCAAGGAUAGUGAUGCUGGGGAAAAAGGUAGAGCUCUAGAAGACCUUCGAGCCUCUCUUUUUAAUGGAUUUCGCUCAUCUGAAGGUGCAAAGCGUCAGCAACAACGCAUAUGUGGGCCUGCUGCUGCUCUCACCUUCAAUUUUGUGGUUGCUAUUAGUAUUAUUUUCAUGAACAAAUUGGUGCUUAAGAAUGUUGGAUUCCACUUCCCUAUAUUACUCACGUUUAUUCAUUAUAUAGUAAGCUGGUUAUUAAUGGCCAUUCUGAAUGCUUUUUCUAUCCUACCCGCUUCUCCCUCAAAGACAACUCGCCUGUCUACUUUAUUUACACUUGGCUUUGUUAUGGCCCUAUCCACUGGCCUUGCAAAUGUCAGCUUGAAGUAUAAUAGUGUUGGUUUUUAUCAGAUGUCUAAGAUUGCAGUCACCCCAUCAAUUGUUCUAGCAGAGUUUAUAUUAUACAAGAAGAAAGUGUCUACUGUCAAGGUUCUAGCUCUUACGGUAGUAUGUAUAGGUGUUGCUGUUGCUACAGUGACAGAUCUGCAAUUCCAUCUCUUUGGUGCUUGUGUGGCACUUGCAUGGAUAAUACCUAGUGCAGUCAACAAAAUCCUCUGGUCCAGUCUUCAACAGCAAGAGAAUUGGACAGCUUUAGCGUUAAUGUGGAAAACAACACCAAUCACCUUAUUCUUUCUGGUUGCUUUAAUACCUUGGUUGGAUCCACCUGGUGUCCUGACCUUUAAUUGGAACUUCAGUAACACUAUUGCAAUUUUUGUGUCGGCUGUUCUUGGUUUCUUACUCCAGUGGUCAGGCGCUUUGGCACUUGGGGCUACAUCUGCUGUCACACAUGUUGUACUUGGGCAGUUCAAAACAUGCACCGUUCUUCUCGGAAACUACUAUAUUUUUGGUUCUAAUCCAGGUACGACAAGUAUCUGUGGGGCAUUCACGGCUAUAGCUGGUAUGUCUGUUUACACUCACCUCAAUUUGAAGCAGCAACCAACCAAAGCUUUACCUCGACAAGCCUCUUCUUUAUCAAAAUCUAAACUGAGUAAAGAAAACGGCAGCAUAGAAGAUGGAACUUAUGGAAGGGAAUCUGUUUAACAAAAUUAUCUGGUUACAUAGGUGAAAAGAAAAAACCAUAAUAACUGACUUCACCAACAUUUCAUUUGAUUGUUUCUAGGCAUUUGACAUCUGAUCUUAGGAUUGUAGUUCUAUAUAUAUAUAUAUAUAUAUAUAAUCCAUUUGUCUAAUGAAAUGAUCAUGAUUAGCAACGGUUGUUACUCUAUGUUGUUGCCUGCUCGAACCGUGUUUAGUGUAGAGUCUGUAGGGUUAUUUGCCACCAUAUUGACCAUGAAAUGAUCAUUGUAUAUAUAAUGAACUAUUUGGAAGAUUUUUCACAGGAAUACAGCUAAUUUAGGGUUGCUAUUUUAGUUUUGUUUGAA